UGACAAACCAAAAGGAACGACACCAACCCAAUACAAAUACCAACUACGAGUGCAAGGACCGUUCCAAGACCUUCACCGAUCGGCAUCGAGAGCCAAAUUACCCGCAAGCCGAAUGCUAACAUCACACACUAAGGAGUAAGCUUCAAACACAGAAAUACGCAUACGGACAACACUCACCAGUCGCAUCUCGAGACAAUACGAAACAAACAUGGAGCAAUCCGAGCAUGGUAGUCCGGGAAGAAUACGCAGGAGAUGGGUCAUUGCUUCGUCACCGCUGCAGUGGCUCAUGCUGUUAUCGAUAGUCGACAAGGGCGCUUUCGCCUGGACAUCUACAACAUCAACACCGACAACGACAACGACGACGUCACUAAACACCGGGCACAACAUCCGUUCCAAAACCGGAGCUUCCGCAGCCCGGGCUAGGACUCAGAGCCACCUGCUAAACGCCAAAAAAAGACYCAACAGCCGUGACGACGACGACAUGAGCAACUGGUACGAUCCGGUCGACGAGGACGCCACUCCCGACCAGGUAUUUUUCCAGGAAAUGGAACGGCAGCGCCUCAUCAACCAGGUCGGCGGGGCCUCCACCCCCAGCGUGGACGACAUCGGAGGAGCGAGCAACGGCAGUGGCAGUGGUAGUGGAAACAGGGGCGGGGGAGGAAACAUGACGGGGGGAACCCCCCGGUCCCCCUCGGCCCUCCGGUCCACAGGGGGRUCCCCCAGUCCCCGGUUCGCCAACGCACCGCUCCCGAUGUCCACCUUUCCCCAGCUCGAGCGYGGGCCGGGAGGAGCCAACGCGAACGCAAACAUGGGGGGCUCUCCCGCUGCGAUCCCGAACGGCGAGGGAGGCCCCCCGAGGCGGCGGAGGGUCCCCACCAUGGAACAGAUCAAGAUCGCCCAGGCGACGCUGGCGGAAUACGAGGCCUUCCAGGUGCCCGACAAUUGGUUGAACGAGGAGCUCCAGCAGACCAUGUGGGACUCAYUGAAGCAGCAAAACGAAGAGGACAGCGGCGAUGACGAGGGAGCCGAAGAAGACGGAGUGUUUCGUUUUGAGGACGACGGCAAACCCGAACCYUGGGACGACUACGGGCAAGAAAGCAAGUACGUCGAUUACGAUCGGCGAAACGUCAUGGAAGUCCCCUUUCCGGAACCAGGUGCGUGUAUAUCGUACUGUUGAUGGCGCCCUUGYACACGAUUGUCGUAGCAUGCUGCACUCCACUGUUUUUAUCUCUAUUUCAGUAGUUCUCUUCUGUGCUAUCAUCUGUUUUCCCAUUCUAUUUGUAUCGGAGUCUAUUGUUUUGAAGUUUCCGACUUACGAUUUUUUACUAACCCAUCCAUUCAUCGUAUCUGUCGAUCAAUGCAUCUAUUGAUCAAACCCCGAAUGCGCAAAAAACAGGCUCGGAAUUUUAUUUCGACCCGGACAUGCCCAUGGACGAGGAACAGCUGCAGGAAGAGGAGGCUGAGUUCGCCGAGAAAAUGAAAAAGGUCAAGACGCGAUCGAUGCGGCUCGAAAAGGCCAAGCGAUCCCCGAACGCCUUGAAAUUCUUCCGGCGCAAACCGAACGAGAAGGAGGGAUACGAGCACCUGUGGGUGGCCGCCGUGGAUAACGUCUCCUACAUGCCCCUCAUCGGGAACCUACGGGAUUACGGCGUUGAGUUUGCCGACAAUUUCGGGGACUUUGAGGACCAGAGCGCGAACGACGCGCUCCUGCAUUCCAUCGAGGACAUGGCGGCCUGGAAGGCAAGGCAGGUCUACGAGGCCACCGGCCUUCCCACCAUAGCCUCACGGAGCUCCUUCGAAAUCGAGCCCGUGGUCCCGUCGUCGCUCAACAACCUGAAGGACAGCGUCACGGCCACCACCAACGUCCAGGCUGCGGCGGCCUCGAGGCUGUCGGAUCCGAGGGUCGUAUCGGGGUACAAGAUCAACGACAUUGCCAACCACGUGGACUAUCUCGCGGAGGCCAUGAAACCCCUCUCGGAGCCGACCCGCGUCACCCGGUUUACCUCCUGCUUUUGUUUUUACGACGGGGAAAAGGAGAUCUUYGCUCACGGCAUUCUGGACUGCGACAUGCACUUUUGCAACUCGCAGCGGACAAAUAUUCCGCUCUCCCAAGCCGCGAACAACCUCAUCAAGAUACUUCAGAUGACCUUUGGGCUGGAAUACCAGAAAUUCCUUAAGACGCGCCUGGACGAUGCAAUCUUUGGAGACUACAGCCUGCCUGGCGCCGCUAGCGUCAAGCUCAGGGACCGGGUCCUGAAGGACGGUCGGGUCCUUCCCAACAACAUCAUCGACGUCUCCAAGUUUAUGGAUUCCCGYGUCGACGUGGACCUGAUGGACGCCUGCGCGCAGGAACUCUCCCAGCGGUUCGUCAACUCCAAGCCGACAAAAAUCAUGACGGUGGCCACSACCGGCCUAGUGAUCGCCCUGCCCAUGGCAAAGUACCUGCAAGUCCCGGUGGUCUACGCCCGAAAGGAGCGAAACGUCGUCAUGGCCGAUACGUACUCGGCACCGUAUUCGAGCAAGACUGUGGGGAAAGACCGRCAGCUCCUGGUCAGCAAGUCCCAYGUGCACAAGAGCGACCGGGUGCUGAUCGUCGACGACUUUCUGAGCAGCGGCUCGUCGCAGGAGGCCCUGCUGAGAAUACUUUCCGACGCCGGGGCCGAUCCGGUCGGAAUCGGGGUUCUGCUAGAAAAGGCAUACGAUCCCGGUCGAAAGGCGCUGAGCGGCUUUGACAUUCCGAUCGAAUCUCUCUGCAGGGUUGCCUCCGUCGAUGGCGGGGUCAUCCAAUUGGUGGAAGAAGAAGGAUUCGAUAAAAUGAAAGAMGACAAAUAGAUUUAAGAUUGCAUCUGGUAAAACAAUGAAAUCAUGUCUACUUUCUUUGUUUUGUAUCUAGUUUCUUCAUGCUGCGUAAGUGUGAAUAUUGUUCUUUGUGGAAAUUAAUCUAUAGUAUCUAAAACAGAUGUUGAAUACAACAGGGCRAUCGUCUACUGCCUACAGGUUAUUUAAAAGUUAUGGUAGCAAAUGACGUGACAUAUGAUACAUCAGUAUCAGGCUAUCGGAAAAGAAUCGAUGGASGAACUGCCUUCUCUCAUUUUCGGCAUCCUCGGCCUUUGGACGAUGAAAUUCUAUGAUGUUGUUGCGGAUGGUAUAAAAAUUGUUACGGCUCCCGGUGGGUUUUUCGUCGUUCCUUAGAGAAUUAGUUUCUCGUUGCGCAUUGGUUCGACUUCGAGGUCGUCGGCUAGGAUAGCGGUGAUUUUCUGCGAGGAAGGCUGGGUGUUGAACAGUCCCCGAAAUCGAUCCUGCUUUUCGUUUUAGCUUUGCAGCUGCGACUGCCACCAACGAUGUGGCUUCUUUUGCUAUCUUCCGUGACCAAUCUUCCGGACGAAGAAAAUUUCUCUGUGGCGCCGAAGGGUAGCAAUGUGUGUCAUCGCAAUGGGGAGGCAAGAUGAGAGAACCUUCUGCUUCCACUGCUAUAGUUUCUUGUACAAUUCCGCUACACGACCAUGCCACGACGAGCAAUGUCACUCGAAAUAGACGCGRGUUAUAGUA